GAUUCAUCAAAUUAAUUUAUUUCAAAUAGAUAUAAUUUGUGGUAACAAAAGAAACAUGACUUUCGUAUCUUAUCGUAUUUUCUAACAUUUUUCGCAAAAUUACUCCACAGCUUGAAAUACCAUAUAUGUGGGUGCUGACAAUUUACAUUUAUUCUCUACACUUUUUAAUUAAAUUAUGCAUGUUUUGCUCUUAUUUCUGUAUCCAACCCAUUGCUUUGAGCAACCAACAUACGAGUAACAGAACAAUUUAAUGAAUUCCAAACCUGCACAUGACACAUGAAUUUCACAACUUGAUUCAUUUCACCUAUCUCUAUUUCUAACAUUGCUACAAUUGACAAUUGUACUUCUGUACUACUUCUGAAGUUGAUAGUGCUUAUCGGGGAAUACAUUUCAUUGCAAAAUGAAAUUGAAACCGUGUGGUGGCACGUGUGUAAAUUCUUCGUCACAAGUCCAAAUCGACUAUAAAGCCAGACGACGGUAGUGGGAAGAGAGUUCUUUCGUUCCUACACCUCGUGCGGUAAAGACACAGAGCAAGCUGAGAGUGUUAAAUUCAUGUGAGCUUAACAAUUCAUCGCAUAACAAAAAAGUUACUCACUGGGAACACUACACCUAUUAGUUUAAUACUAAUGUUGGAUAUAGUGCGUUAAACAAUUGAUUUUUGGAUAUUUUUUUAUUCACAAAAUUGUGAAGAGUGAAAAUGUAUUUAAUUCAAGUUUUGAUUUUAACUCUCAUCUCAAUUGCAUCAACUGAACCUCCAGUUUUCGGUCAACAAUUUAACCCUAUUGGCAGUUUCCAAACAUCUCAAAAAUUUGGUCCUCAAAAUGGUUUUGAUUACAACGACUGGAUAAUCCGUCCCCCCAAUAAUUUAUAUGGUCCACCCGGUUCCGGUCACAAUCACAAUAACAACGGCAACAAUAAUCCCAAUGGUUAUCCUCAAUAUCCAUUCUUCCCCACACAGCGUCCUCACACCCCUCAUGAUUCCUAUGGCGUGCCCGUUAUUCACAACCCUAACAAUGGCGGAUACAACUACAAACCAGCUUCCAGUUUCUUCCGAGUAGGUGGUUUUAAAGGAGAACGUAGUGAUUUGCCCACCUUUGAGAAACCUUUGUUCAGCCCAUCAAGUGGUCUGGAAUUUGCUGCUACCAACGGACAGAUUGACAACUUCAACAAGGCACUGCAAGAAGAAGCGCAGCAGCAACUGCAACAGCUGCAAGGUCAGGGACAGGAACAGACUCAAACAGCGUUCGCUAAUGGAUUCACCGGUUAUUCAAAUUUGGAAGGAUCCCAGCAACCAGCAAAGAGUUAUGUUAGUGUAAAGUUUGGACAACCUAGUCGUCACUAUAACUAUCAGUUCUAAGAUAAAUAAGUAAAUAAAAAUCGUGAAUUGUGCAUUUGAAUAAUUGGAUAAAAGUAAGUAAAUAUUUAAAUUAUUUAAAAUAGUCGCAGAUAAAAUAUAAUAAGAUUAUAAAAUCGAGAUGCUUCUUAAAAAUCAGUGCAACCGAAACUCAUAAACACUGCUUUCACUUUUAAAGUUUCCGACAAAACGUGAAUACAUACUUAAAUGUAGCAACCGAAGCGGUCAGCUCCACAUCAAAAAUUCAUGGCACUCGCAAACACUUUAAUACUGCUGCAAAAAGCAAAUACUUUGAAUAGCAAUGCAAUAAACUUCACUUAGUUCUCUCCGCUUCACUUUACUUCGUGCUGUUUUACGGCUACUGGAGUUUAGUCAAAAACACUUUGUAAUUUUACAUUUUCUAAAGUUGAAAACCGCAUACUAUAAUUUUCAUUUCAAAAUUUAAAUUACUUUUGAGUAAAAUUACAUUUCAAUGCACAGUUUAGUAAUUAUUUCUUUAUAUAGUACUAAAUACAUUAAUUCUGAUACUGUGGCAUUAUCCUUUUAAACACUUUAUAUGCUUAACUUUGUAAUUAAAAGCCAAAUAUGUAAGAAUUUAUUUUUAUAAACUAAAAAGUCAAUUUAUAUUACGUUUAUGUCUACUGAAAGCUGUUACACUUUUGCCAGCAACCUUAAACGUCAAGUUGCUCAAGUUGCGAUAUCUUGCACAGUCGGUUCGAACAAUAUAAUACACAAUACUCGUAAUUAUUAAUUGGUUUGUGCAAUUUGCGUACACUUGUCGCAAGAGUUUUAACAGUUUUAACCUUUGCACCUCAACCAGCUCGAGUUUUACACCUAACAAAACUAUAAACGUAACAAAAUCAAAUCAUGCUUUCACAUGAGUAAACUUAACUUAACUUUUAUUAUCUUACUUCUUACUUCACUUGAGUGUUGAGUGUUGACGUGUAUAGUUUAAGGUUUAAGGUCUCUCUGCUUCGUUGAUUUAUUUAAUAGAUAUUUUGCAUUUGCAGUUAAAAUUUGAAACGUUGCAUAAAAAUGGAAUUUAAAUGUUAAUUUCCAUUCAAUAUUACGCUAAGAUACUUUAUGAUUUGAUGUAUUGAGAUGGAUUGCCCUCUUAUUAUCGAUUGCGCAGCGUCUCGUAAAACUCGAAGUAUGAGUUACUUUGGUCGUAAAAGUUGAAAAUUAAAACUUUACUCACUUUUCAAUGAUACGUAACGAAAGCAAAAAAUGUCGUAACAUCCGAAUCAUAUACCAAAUUUGUACUUUGACUCUUUUAUUGUUCAUAAUUAUAGACUUUUUGGGUUUUAAGUUUUGAAACUUUUUUAUUUGAAGAAUUUAGACCUUCAAUGUCAAGUUGAGACAAUUUGGAUUAAUAUUGUGAAAUAUUUAAUGAAAUUAUUAAGUAUAUUCAAUUAAAUUUCAAACUUUUGUAAUGAGAAUGAAUUAAAGACAUACGAGUAGAUAGACAGACAGCAGACAAACAGAGAUUAGUUCCAAGUUUGAAGUUCGAAUUGUUUUUCCUUGAUCUACUUUAUGAAUAUGUAUUUCUUAAAUACGUACUUUGUGUAAUAGUCAUAACCAGUAAGUAGCUAUAAGUUUGAUAAUUUAUUAUUUCUAUGUACAGCAUCAAAUAUUUAUAAAAAAAUAUUUUUAUAUCAGCUACUAUCUAAUAAUUUUAAGUAUAAUUUGCUUUUGCACGUGUAAAAAUGUUUAUUUUUGUAUAAAUUGUAUGCGAUUACUAUUUUCAAAAUAUUUUAUGUAUAUUAUUAAAAUUUUAAAUGACUCUUGACCAUUUUAAUUGUCUGUAUGAACAUUUAUAAGUAAAAUAUAAGUAAAUUUGCUUGAA